UAUAAAGUCUUUGCAUUCAUGAUUGAAGCCUCACUUCCAGCUGAUCUCAUUCCUCACCCAGUACCUUCAAAUCUUCGAGAUGUUCCCUUCCAAGACUCUCCUUUCUACUGUUCUCAUUGCGCUGUCCGUUGUGGACGCGUCCCCCCUGCGCCGUGAAUCUUCGUCAACCCUCGGCUUCACCGCUAGAGUGAACGCUAGGGCUGAUACUCUCAAUAUCGCUGCCGCUGACAGGGCUCGUGCUCAGGCGAUGCAGCAAUCUGGUCACAAGCGCGCUGGCAGCUCCUCGUUCAGCAUCACUAAUGCUGCCACUGUUUACACUGCCCAAGUUGGUGUCGGCAGCCCUGCAAAUCAGUACACGCUCCUUAUUGAUACGGGCAGCUCCAACACCUGGGUGGGUGCAAAUACCCCAUACAAAACCACCAGCACUAGUGUAGAUACUGGCAACUCUGUUUCCGUCAAUUAUGGUUCCGGCAGCUUUUCAGGAGAGGAGUACUUGGACACAGUUACUCUCAGUUCUGGUUUGGUUAUUACCGGACAAUCUAUCGGUGCCGCAACGACUUCAACAGGCUUCACUAACUUCGAUGGAAUUCUUGGUGUCGGACCGACUGACCUGACGCAGGGCACCGUUUCCAAUGUUGAUUCAGUCCCCACUGUCACCGACAAUCUUUACAGCAAGGGUACCAUUGGCACUGAAGCACUCGGAGUCUACUUUGCUCCUGGUGGCAGCACUGGCGAGCUCACCUUUGGUGGCUCCGACAGCUCAAAGACGACGAGCUCAGUAAAUUACGUCCCUCUCACAACCACAUCGCCUGCUAGCAGUUACUGGGGCAUCGAUCAAUCGAUCACCUACGGUAGCUCCACCAUUUUGUCCGCGACUGCUGGUAUUGUCGACACUGGCACCACCCUCAUUCUCAUCGCCACUGAUGCAUUCCAAAAGUACCAAUCUGCUACUGGUGCUACGGUGGAUAACAACACCGGCCUCUUGAUGAUCACCUCUGCGCAGUAUGCCAACCUGCAAACCCUGAACUUCAACAUCGGUGGUGUCAACUAUGGCCUCACCGCCAAUGGCCAAAUCUGGCCCCGUUCCCUUAACACCGACAUCGGUGGUAGCAGCGAUAGCAUCUACCUUGUCAUUAAUGAUAUAGGUACCAACUCUGGUAGUGGUCUCGACUUCAUCAACGGUUACUCAUUCCUUCAACGCUUCUACUCUGUCUUCGACACCACUAACCACCGUGUCGGCUUCGCAACCACUUCGUCUACCUCUGCGACCUCCAACUAGAACAAUCAUUUAUUAAUCUGACACUCAUACAGCGAAUAUUUAUAUAUAAGAGCCAUAUUCUCGGAAUUCGAUGGAAACGUUCGUUGUUUGGGAUGAUAGGGUGUUACUUAUAGGGUCUGUUUAGAACAGCGCGUCAUUCUUUGAAAUAUGUCACAAAAUCA